UAUUUUAUUAAGUGUCCUUUUUCGGUUGUUUUAUUCCGUGUUUUUACUGCCAUCUAGUGGAGAACCGAGGUGCUAAUAUAAAUUAGUUUUGAUUGGUUGCGAGGUACUUCCGUGUACAUCCGCCAGCCAAUCAAAUGUCUUAUACUCCAGUUUUUUGAACCUGAGCAUUUUAACCGUCAGGCGCCACAAAAUAAAUUGUCUGUGAGUCGGAGCGGAUUAGAUAAAAACGUGUUCAAGCGACAAACUUAAUUUCUUUUUUUUUUCUUCGGUAAAACACGAAAAAAUAAAUAAAAAUGGAAUUGGAUUCCAUGAAGUAUGCCGAAUUACGCAGUCUUGCGAAGGAGAUUGGGCUCAAAACCUCAAAACUGAAGGCUGAUAAACUUCUGAAGGUGAUCAAGGAGCAUUUCCAGCAGCAGGGAGAUGUUGGAGAUGAGACUGGCAUCGCUGCACAGGAUGACAUCAACUCAACCCAGGAAGUCAACAAUUCAUCACAGGUUGACGAUGAGCCUUUCCUAAAACAACAAGCUCGGGAGUUUGUUACCAAACGUCGCGGUAGAGGGCGACCGAAGAAGAGGAAGGAGCCUGAAGAUGAGGAAGAGAUCUUUGAGAAGCUGGUUGAACCCAGAAUCGACCAAGGGAGUGUUAAGAGAAGGAAAACGUCUGCCGCUAAUGAUUCUGGGGUGGCAGCACCAGUAGAGGAGUCACAGAAAACCAAUGUUCAGACACAGCCUGAACCUGGCCACAAAGAUGCAGCCGCAGCAGUGACUUUUGAGAAAGGAGAGGGACAGAAGGUGGGGAAGCCAGUAGGAAAGAUCCCUCGCCACGAGGGGCUCCUGAAGAGGACUAAGUCGAUGCUGAAGCCUACGACACCAAACUUCAGAAAGCUCCACGAGGCACAUUUCAAGAGGAUGGAGUCAAUCGAUUCAUACGUGGAAAGGAAGACCAAGCAAGUUGAUUUGUUCAGAAGUUCCGUGAAGGAACUGAAGGUUCUCUCCGAUAAGACUCUUUCUCGCCCGACUGAAGGAAAAACGGGGAUGUCGAGCUGUGCCUCCCUGUUCAGCCCAGCAUCCCAGAGACCUGCCACAGACCAACGCAGACAGACCCGAUUCUCAGGCAUCAAAUCUGCCACUGAUAAAAGUAGACUCUCAGCCAGCAAGCCAGCUACAGACAAACUCAGACAGACCCGAGUCUCUGGCACCAACUCCCCUCAGAAGGACACUGUUGUUCCAUUCAGACCCACAGUCCUGUCCACUUGCAGGAUCAAUGUCCGGUUCUCUCAGGCUACUCAGGAUAAUGAGCACAAGAGGCCCAUGGUCAAGACCCCGGCGCGCGCGUCAACCCGUGUGGAACUCGUCACUCCUGGGAAAGAGACUAAAGUUGGCGGGAAACGUGAAGUCAACAAGCCCUCUGUUCCCUCUAGCACCAAGACGCCAGGAACAGCAUUUGUGUUCAAUGCAAACACCAGUGUUCUUUCUAUCACUCCUGGAACCAACAAGGCCAACUUUGAUCUGAAGGCCAGUCUCUCUAAGCCUCUCACCUACAAGCCUCACAUGGGGAAGCUGAAGCCUUAUGGAGAGACCAAGGAGAACACAGUUGACCAGUCUCAGAUUGUUCUUUCACACCAGAAGAACUACAAACAGCACCCGGUUCAGACAAGGGAGGAAAGGAGGACAAAACAGACUGAAGACAGGAAGCAGAAGAAAGAGAACAUGCUUGGAGCCAGACGAGGCCUCGUCAUGACCUAAUUAUUGUCACUCUCCCCCCCCCCAACCCUCCAACCCAACUCUUCUGUAAAGAUUAGACCCUGUUUUUACUGCAUCUGUCCUCUGUACUGUUCUAAGCUGUUGUGAUUGUUAAAUUUUUACUCUGUAGUUCCUCAAACAACUUCACUAUUACUUAUUGUUCACAUUAACAUGUUAACUAUUUGGGUCAUCUGUAAUUCACGUGUUUUACAGUGCGUAUAAGUUGUUGUACUUGUUCCAGAAUUGUAAAUACAUGUAGUAAAUUUG